GCACGCCAUCUUUAAACCCCAGAAGAAGCUUCCGUUUAGCGCCAGGAUUUAGAAGGCAGAUAGUUCCCGCAAUUAGGACUAAAUUUUAGAGCAUCUUUAGAAAAUGAAGUGUUAAUGCAGUUAAUAUAGAAUGCAUGAUAUCUGGAAAACGCUCUAGGGACACGUUUGAUGUCUUAGGUUGACUCUUUGUUCACUGACAUCAACAAAACAGGCGGAAAAAAACAACGAACCAGCCAAGGCGUUAUUAGCCUACUAUGUUAGCCCAUGAGCUAGCUUCUCGAAGAGGGAUUUGAAAGGGUUGUUUUAACUGCGUAUCUUUUAUUCUUUGUUGGCCUUUGCUUCUUUUCGGAUUCGGCUGCGUGGCUAAUUCAAGUCCCCUCUUGUGCUUCUCACCUCCCCUGCGGUUUCGCUGGAGAUGAGCGGAAGAUGUCGGUUUCGGGACUGAAGGCCGAACUGAAGUUUCUGGAGUCUAUUUUUGACCCGAAUCACGAACGUUUCAGAAUUAUCGACUGGAAGCCAGAUGAGCUAAGCUGUCAAUUUAACGUGACUGGGGAAAAGCUACUUAUUAUCCACUGUAAUAUUACGGAAUCUUAUCCGUCAACACCCCCAAUAUGGUUUGUGGACUCCGAUGACCCCAGUCUGACACAAAUACUGGAACGCCUGGAGGAUGUAAGAAAAGGCAGUACACUGCUCCUGCAGCAGCUGAAGAGACUGAUCUGUGAUCUAUGUAGGCUGUAUAAUCUGCCCCAGCACCCUGAUGUGGAGAUGCUAGAUCAGCCUCUCCCCGCUGGCCCCGUCAACCCGGAGAGAAAGCAUGGCACCACAGAUGAGGUUACUUCAGAGGAGGAGGAGGAAGAAGAGAUGGGAGAGCAGGACAUAGAGGACCUGGACCAUUAUGAGAUGAAAGAGGAAGAGCCAGUGGAUGGGAAAAAAUCUGAGGACGAUGGCAUAGAGAAGGAAAACCUGGCCAUCCUCGAGAAGAUCCGUAAGAACCAGAGGCAGGACCACUUGAACGUAAGUGCUCAUUCGGGUGCAGUGUCGGGGUCCGUCCAAGCGUCGGACCGCCUAAUGAAGGAACUCCGGGAGAUCUACCGAUCUCAGAGUUAUAAAUCAGGUAUCUAUUCAGUGGAGCUUGUUAACGACAGCCUAUAUGAGUGGCACGUCAAAUUAAGAACGGUGGAUCCAGACAGUCCUCUGCACAGUGACCUCCAGGUGCUGAAGGAGAAGGAGGGCAUGGACUAUAUACUCCUCAAUUUCUCAUACAAAGACAACUUUCCCUUUGACCCGCCAUUUGUACGAGUAGUUUCUCCGGUUUUAUCAGGAGGUUACGUCCUUGGAGGAGGGGCCCUGUGCAUGGAACUACUCACCAAGCAGGGCUGGAGUAGUGCCUAUUCCAUUGAGUCUGUCAUCAUGCAGAUUAAUGCCACUUUAGUCAAAGGAAAAGCCAGAGUACAGUUUGGAGCCAAUAAGAACCAGUACAAUCUUGCCAGAGCACAACAGUCUUACAAAUCGCUGGUGCAGAUCCAUGAAAAGAAUGGCUGGUACACACCACCAAAAGAAGAUGGAUAAGGAAAAUCUCUCCGCAUUCAAACUAGGACAGAAUGUCUUGGAGUCAACACCUGUUCUUUUUAGAGGUUUUUUUUGUUUUGUUUUUUUUUCCCUUUUUUGUGGUGUUCCCCCUCACCCACAUCAUUCUGUUGCUAAUUGGACAACUCCAUGUCUGGAUUAUGUGACUUCUGAACAACACGUUUGGCCUGCAGAGUUAAUGGGUAAAACAUUAAUUCUUCCAUUUUGUCUAUACAGCGUCUUUCUCUGCUCCUGUAUUCUCUCCUGCUGGCUGUCCUUUCCUCCCUUCCAGUCGCUUUCUCUCUUGGGCUGCUUGGUUGACAGACUGGAAUUUAAUAUGGCAUAUUUGCAAAAGGGAUACCUGUGACUCUCCAAGCUUCAUGGAUGGAUAUCCCUUUGUCAUCUUGAUCUUGGCAAUCUCAUAAAAAUGACGAGAUUCCUGCGGAGCAACAGGCUUGUGGAUGCUUGGCUCGUCGUUUGUCUAAACCUCCCCCAUGUCUACAGUGGUUUGGAAUGUUAACUGCCAUAUUGUGAGUAAGACAGGAAAGAAAAGACUUAAGUAUGGCAGGGAGAUGUUUAGGGGAAAUCGACGCUUAUGAUGAGCCCAUGUUUUCAGAGAGGCGGAGGCUCGAUGCUAUGGCCCCUCCAAGCUCUUGUCCUUUUUCGGAGCCUUUGGCUUCUGUGGUCGCGCACUGAAAAAUAGCUGCGACUGAGCAAGUUGGACUUGAUCACUGUAAAGUCAUCAAAAUGAACUCUGUCUGUAAGUAAACCUGUAAAGAUGUAUUGCAGUGAAUGAAUUUUCCCAUCAAGUCCAGCAGGCUUCACUGAGACAGGACUGGAUCGCUUAGUACAUGCCUGCAUAGUGCGGAACGUCCUUACUUCUGAAGAUAUAUCUCACAAAUAGAAUAAGGUAAAAUGACCUAAUUGAUAUCCUCAUGGUGACAAAUUGAAUACCUUUAAACAUGUUUUUAUGUAUGCAUUAUGACUACUGCUUUUUUUUCCUUUUUUUUUUCUUGUGAGAAUGGAAAUUGUAUGUUGCUCUGCCAUCAUUAACUGCAGUUGUGACCAUUCCUCUUUUAACCAGUGUGAUUUCUACUGUGAUUACUAUAACACAGUAAUGUUGCGCCAUUAUGUAAACACAUCUCAGCUCCCCCCCACCCCCACCCCACCCCAACUCGGGCACAUAGAGAGGUUAAAGUAUUAAGCACUCCCUGGCAAUGAGCUUCUGCGGGUUGCGUAAGCCACAAAACAAUCUAAGCUUGUUUAGAAUGCAGAUGCAUUGUUUAGAUAUGUGGCCCCAGCUGCUGUGAAGCAGAGGUGCCCAAGUCUGCCACCCCACCAAGUUUAGUUCCAGCCCUAGUCCAACAUGCUGGAUCCUGGUAAUCAAGGCCUUCCGUAAAGGCUGACUAGUAGGACCAGGCCUGUUGGAAUUACAAUCUGCAAGACAGUAGAUUUCCUAGACUUGAGGUUGGAACCUCUGCUGAAAAAGUAACCGUUAUUGCCUUAUGAAAGGAUCCCCUCUCUAACAUUGCUGCCCACAUGACCUACAGAAAUGCCAUGUUUUCACACAAACCACUUCAUCUUUUGCCAUAACCCAUACAUCCACUAUAAGGAAGAUAAAAAUAGAAUCAUGUGUUUUCAGGAGUUCUUGAUGCCUCCAUAGAAACGGCGGAGCUUUUUUACAAAGUACUGUUUAACACACUCCAAUUCUACAUGCACUAGGCUUUCACAGGACAAAAUUAUAUUGUGCUUCAUCAAUUUAAGGCUCAAAUCGCCCUCAAUCAUCAUGUGAUUCACAAGGGUGCUUUGCCCCUGAGUUUGUGUAAAUGCCUACAUUUUCACAUGCACAGCUUCAGUUGGUGUUUUUGUCUGUGGACUACUGCGUUCCUGAGUUAAAACUAUGGGAGUGUAAUUGUGACUUUGUUAAAGUGACUUGAACCAGGAGUCUGGGUCAAAUAUUGGACACAAUGUUUGUGAUAAUCUUAACAAGGAAUAAAAUGGUGUGGUAUUCUUUGCA